ACUACAUGCGCAGUCCUGCUGUGAAUCACUCGUCACCACGGCAACCGGCUUCUCUCCGCAUCAUCCUCGCCGAGCUCUGAACGCCUCCUGCCUUCUCCAGGAGAAGAGCCACCUCGGACUCUGACAGCCAUGGUGAAGUUAGGAACCAGUCUGUCUGACAAGCUUCAGAAAGAGUCGUCGCUGGACGACGGCUUUGAUAACAUCCCGCUCAUCACACCGCUGGAGGUCAACCAGCUCCAGCACAGCUUCCCAGAGAAGGUGAUUGUCAAGACGGCCAUCAAGCACUCCCUUCAGCAGAGGAGCAAGUUUGGUGUCCCCACCGUGAGGAAGAUGAAGAGAAGCUGCGAAGUUUCAGAGCGAGCUAAGAUUUCAGGUCUCAUCUUCAUCAUGCUGGCUUCCCUCACCAGCCUCGUCCUCCUGCUCAUGUUCCAAACCCUGUGGUACCACCAGCUCACCUGCCCUGCCGGUUUCGUCCUCAAGCAGAGCCACUGCAUCCCGGUGAAUCUGGAGCUGUUGCCCAACGGUGAGCAGCAGGAGCCAGGUUUUCACACCACCACUGGACUGUACACAGCACUCAGCAACCUCAACAAGGUCAAGAAAAGUGGGCCCCAACUGACAUCGCCAUGGUUACCAGUCAUCGGCUCUCUGAAGGAGGCCGGCAAAGAGGCUGCAUCCAAGCCACUGGAGAGAGAGGAGUGAAGAGGGUGAUGAAGACGAUGCUGGAGUAUAGUUUGUGUUCAGUCUCCCUCCUCUGGAAUGUGCGAGUUAGAUCACAGGAUACUUACAAACAGCCCUAUAAUUUAUUUAAAAAAUAUAUUUUAAAACUGUUAUGAGAUAUUUUUCAAAAAAGAAAAUUCACUUUGAUUCGAAUUUGGAACUUUUUUUUUAUCCACAAAUUAGCUGGGAUCAGGUCGCAGGGGCAGCAGCUGAAUCUAAGAUACCCAGACCGACUCCUUUUCAAGCUCUUCUUGUCUUGUCUUUUUAGUUUCAAAAAUUGGCACCUUUUUUGCAGACAUUUUUUGCUGCAUUACUCCUGAUACAAAUUUACAACAAAUUUAAUGUAAAGAGAAAUAUUAAUAAUAAGAACAAAAAAAUGCUUAGAGGGAUGAAACCGAACAUGAGGGGAGGCAUAUGUUGUAUAUAUUGUACACAUCAUACAGCAUUUGUAAUAUAUCCUUCACAUCUCAAAACACGGAAUUAAUCUCUUACGCUGGAGUGUAAGAAACCUUUUCUUAAUACACACGCCGCAAACACACACACACACACGUUGGUAUUUCUAUCUGUGUGAGGACCACUGACAUAACCCUUUCCCCAGCCUCGCUCCCUUAACUUAACCAUCCAAAACAAAUGGCUGACUUAAACCAAGACUCUGAACCAGACUGAAACCCAAUCAGAAUGACCCAGUUAUCCUCAUGACUUCAUCCUCAAAUUCAGGCUUAAUCUUGUGGGGUCCAGCUAAAUGGUCCCCACACACACACACACACAUAUUUUGGCUGCAACUCUGCAACAUGUUGCAUGUGCAGCAACAUAUUUCACUAUGAAACUUUGUGUGUGUGUGUGUGUGUCACCGGCUCUUGUGGUUAGAGCAGGAAUGUUAUUAAACGCUACAGAAUGUUUCAGACUUUUAUAGUUUCACUGAGUCAUGACUAAACUCUCACCAUCUGGGGGCUGCAUGUGUGUAGAAGCUGCCGGAUGUGUGUCGCUAACUUAAACACUCAUAUGCAUUUGCACGCGAGCCAGAGUGUCUUUUCGUUGUUCUGGUUCCUGCAUCAAAGAUGGGAGCUACGGUGCGUGCCAUCAUUUCUUUCUCACUUCUUAGCUGCCAUGUUUCAGUGACGUCGAAAUACAUUUGAUUUGUGGUAGAUACUGUAUCUGUGGCUUUGUCUUUUGAAGGUCACCGUCAUCAGAAUUGAAAUGGUGCACUUUAAUGGAGGUCAAAUAUAUGAUCAGACUUUGGAUGAGAGGGAGACGCAAGGGUUAGGGUCUAACUUAAUUUAUCUUGAAGAAAAAAAUACUUGAAAUCAUUCAGUGACUGUAAGUUUUGUAUGAAAUGUAAAGUGUUAUAAACAAGGAAGGAAGGAUGGAGGAGCUGCGAAUGUGCACUUUCUAGAGUCAAUAAACUG